AUAUAUACAAAGAUUUCGCGUGUCAAUCCUAUUGAGUAUGGGUAAAACUUCAAAAGACAAACGGGAUAUUUAUUACCGUCAAGCGAAGGAAGAAGGCUGGCGAGCACGAAGUGCUUUUAAGCUAUUGCACAUUCAUGAUGCCUAUGGAAUACUAAAUGGUGUACGGCGCGCUGUUGACUUGUGUGCAGCACCUGGAAGUUGGUCCCAGGUAUUGUCUCGUAAGCUGUACGAUCCGUGCCAAAACGAUGCUGAAAAGUUGGCAACCAAAAUCAUUGCAGUGGACUUGCAGGCCAUGGCGCCAAUACGGGGAGUUGUCCAAUUGCAAGGGGACAUUACCAAGGAGAGCACAGCCGAAGCUAUAAUAAGUCAUUUCGGUACUGACGGGGAAGAGAAGGCCCAGCUCGUCGUUUGUGACGGGGCCCCGGACGUAACAGGUGUGCAUGAAAUGGACGAGUAUAUGCAACAUCAGCUUCUGGUAUCUGCUCUAAGUAUAGCCACUGUAGUACUUGAAACCGGGGGAUGUUUUGUUGCCAAAAUAUUUAAAGGCAAUGCCACCGGUCUGCUUAGCACACAGAUGCAAAUAUUUUUUAAUAAGUUUGAUAUCUACAAGCCUCCAAGUUCGCGCUCAUCGAGCAUUGAAGCGUUUGUGGUGUGCUCCGAUUUCUGUUUGCCCCCCGGAUAUAUUCCACAAGUCAUUAACACGGCUCGAGAUGACAUACGCAUACUCGCCCAAAGAACAGGUUCCGAAGUAAACCGCAGCCUAGUGCCCUUUAUAGCUUGUGGUGACUUGGAUGGCCAUACCAGCUUUAACAACCCAUCUGAGGACGAGUCGGAUGCCUCAGAUAUUAUGGACGAUAUUAAAUACGACUAUGACAGUUUUAUGAGCGACGAGCUUUAUCCACAGGAAUUUAAGCAAGUAUAUGAAGAAUUACAGUAUACAAGAAUUACGUCUCUUCAAUAAAUGAUUGGGUCUGGAAA